AUGGACCUGAAUCUACGAGAUGAGAGAGUGAAAGUGAUCGCAGAAGGGAAUGAAUCGAAAGACGGUCAGAUAGUGAUCGAUAAAAUGCAUGGGAAACGAGUCAGGAUACUCGAAAGCGUCGAUUCAAAAGGCUGUUAUGAGAGUUUCGCUUCAAAGAUCAAUGAGAAGAUUCAAUCUGCAGUCAUAGGAAGCUUUGAAGAACAAAGAAAGAACUGGAUCACACCACUGAGCAGGACACUCAGUGUUGAAAACAACAACAAAAAUACACUAAAAACAGUAAAGGAUAUUUGA